GGACUUGGCACUUUGGUGCUCACCAUGAUACUUUAAUUGUUCAUCUUUGGCAUUUCUUCCUCUUCAUCCCUCUUGUCGAUCUAUUCCAAUUCAAAUCAACUCCUCAUUGUCUCUCGCCAUUGUUUCCAAACGGACAUCCCUAGAGCCAAAAAAAUGUCUAUGACAACUACCACUCAGUCUAUCAAGGAGAUGAAGGAAGCGCAGGCGUCGACUGUCGCAGGGACCGCCCGGCCCACGUUCCCCUCCCCUCGAUCCAUGAUGAGAUCUUUCGAGGUCUUCGACGGGGAGCUCAGCAAGGGACGUAAACGACCCAUUGCCAGGCGUACGGAGUCUGACAUGCUCAUUUUCGCCCGAGAGCCAUGGUGGGUCCCGGAUCACGCGAGGUUCACCAAUAAGCCUAUCAAGGUCGGCAAUGAAGAUCAAAGUGGCGAUGAUGGGGAUAGUGGACACUUUACGUGUGAAGCAAAAGCAGUAGACGAGAAGGAAGAGGAAGGUGGGGCCGAAGAGGAAAGUUCCACCCAGGCUCGACAGUACUCGUACGAGUCAUUGUCUUCCGCCUACACUCCAUCGCUCGUCGAAGAUUCGACGGACGUCCCCUCUCAGCCUUCUUGGGCUGACUUUUCAGACCUUUCCUUGGGAUCCGAAUCGGGCCGCGAGUGUCACAAGGAUGAGAAGGGCCUUGGUGGUGAAGAACAGGAAGAUGAUGAUGCGAUGGUUGUUGAAGAAGACUUUGGUGAGGUCGACCAGGGUGCCGAUGCCGCCGAGGAAGUCUCUCAAGAGGACCAAAAGGUGAAGCCCUGGAGUCCAGAAAGGAUGGCGGACCUGCACCAAUUCAUGGCGUACAGACAAAGGCUCGCCGCUAGGAGAAAGACGAGACAAGCUUCAAACGAGAGCAAAUAAGCCUCGGUUGGAUCUGAGAGGGACUUCGUACAAUGCUGCCUUUUUGGGAUCAUGUGCCAUGUAUAUUUCCAGUGUAGCUUCUUCAGCGGUCUGAAAAGUAGAGUUUUGUCUAAUCACGAUAACAUAAUGCAUUUGACUCUGCUUGAAUCUUUUCACUCGGCCACGAAGCAAACUCCGACGGCCGUUUACAUGUACUUGUUCGACUUGAGCCACUGCGGAACACGUCAGUCUCGCCUCGGGCGUACGGCGGGAGACUUACCUCCUCGACAUCGGUGGCAUCCCGCUUGAGCCACUGAGUAGCCGCUUGGAUACUGUCCAAAGUUUGAGAAACGGCAAGGUUGAACGCAGAGG